AUGUGCCCUCUGAGGGUUCUUCUGAUUUUCUUGUCCGCAACACUCGCCGGAUUCUUCGUUCUCAGAAAUCUAAGAUCUCAACCAAAGAUCGACGAUGAUGAAGAUGCUGAUUCAACUCUUCCUUCAAACCCUAAAAUCUUAGAUUCUUCAAAUGCUGCAUCGAAUGGAAAUUCCAAGGUUUGGAAUGUGUUAGAAUCUGGGUUUUGGACCUUUGUUGAUAUGGCCAGUGGGCGUUAUCUUUGGAGGCAUGUGGUUUCAGCAUCUUCUUCAAAGCGCUCCAGUUGA